UGUAACCAUGGAUACGUAGCAACAGAAAGCGUAUUAGCUAGCUAGCUAAAAUUGACGUGGGCUACCCUUCACACCUGUUAGAACAAGUUAAAUUACGUUGUAAGGUAGUUUUUCAAUAAACCAUCAGUAACCACAAAAAAGCUCACUUACUAAUAUUUUAAUUGCAUAAUUUACAAAAGUGUUUCUGGUGCCUUAGCUUCAUUUCAACGAGAAUGCCGCAGAGCACAAUGUCUUCUUCAUGUGUGCGGGGGCCAGGGGCCAACCGCUAUCGUACCCGAGCCCACACCUCCCAGGUGGACGAGCUACUCUUUGGAUCCCCCAAAAAGGUGUUACCCCCUGAACAACCAGCUCGUGACCCCCAGGACGGCAGCUUGUGGGGUAGUUCAGGACCCAGGGGUGUGCCCCAGUCGUCAGCUCACAAAAAGCCCAAACCAGAGACGGUCCGAAUCAUAACUAAGGACCUCAUCCGCGACCUUAAAAUCCCGAGUCAAGAUCCAUCCGGGCUGUCCAUCAUCCUCCCCAAGUCUGAGACCAAUCGGAUCACGACGCUCGCUCGUGUCCCUACCAAAGAGGAGAGAGAGGCGAAGCUAGAGGCCAGAGAGAAGGACAGAAAGGCCGUGAUAGAAGCCGUGGAGGAGCGGAAGGUGAAGAUGCAUCAGGCUGACGUCGUGCGGAAGAAGAACCAGGGCUUGAGCGACCUGGAGGCGGAGGCUCGGGACAACGCGCAGUACCUGCUGGAGAAGGCCAACAAGAUGCGCGUCGAGCAGGAGGACGAGGUCAAGAAGAUCAACGAUGUGAUCCGGGGAGCGCAGUGUCACGCGGUGCAGGACAUGCAGAUCCUGGAGAAGCAGCAGAUCCUGGCGGAGCUGCAGGAGGAGGAGCGGCGCCUGGACAGCAUGAUGGAGGUGGACCGCCGCAGGGCGCUGGAGGCGCAGGAGCAGAUCGAGCAGCUCCGCAAGCAGCACCGGAUCCUGGGUAAGAUGCAUAUCCAGGAGCAGAUUGAGGAGCGAAUGGAAGAGAGACGGCUGCAGGAAGAGAUGAAACAGCAGGAGAAGCAGAAAUUGCUGGAGAGCCUGGAAAAAAUUAGGCAGGAUGAGUUUGAGGCUCUGAUGAAGAAGAAGGAGGAACAGAGAAAGCUGCACAAGGAGGUGCUCAAGAUGAAUGAGGAGAUCCUACAGGCGAAGGAGAGCAAGAUGGAGGAGGAGAGGCUGGCAGACCUCCGCAUCAUGGAGUACUCCUCCAACAAGUUGGAGCAGGAAGCGGAGUACGAGAAGGAGCAGAGUCGGCUCAAAAAGGAGAAGGAGAUGGAGGUGGCGCGACUGAGGUCCCUCCAGGAGAGAGACAAAGACUACAAGGCGGAGCAGGACGAGCUGCGGGCCCGCAGGAACCAGGAGGCGGCGGAGAGGGAGUGGAGGAAGAAAGAGAGGGAGCAGGCCAAGCGGCGGGCGGAGGAGGAGGAGUGGCUGAAGGCGGCCCGGCUGGAGCAGAUCACCCACAAGGAGCACCUGCUGUCCAUCGAGGCGGGGCGGGAGAGGGCCGAGUUUGAGAGGGUGCUGAGGGCCCAGAACGAGGAGAUCCGGCGGGAGAAGGAGCGGGAAGAGCGGCAGAGGCAUCGGGUGCUGCGGCACGCGGACGGCGUUCGGCAGCAGAUGAGGGAGCGCGAGGUGCAGGCCAUGGAGCAGCGCAGGGCGGAGCUGCAGGAGCACGAGCGGCUGCUGGAGGAGGUCCGCAGCCGCCGCGCCCGCCUCAACGAGAUCAAGGCCAAGAAGCUGAUGGAGCUGAAGAUGGCUGGACUUCCUGCAAAGUACUGUCACGAGGUGGAGAGGAAGGUCCUGAUUCUUCCAGAUCCAGCAGAGUAGCUGAGCGGUGGGAUCAUGUGAUCGGUAUAACCACGGACAAGAUAUUUUACUUUACAACUCUCCCGAUCAAAGAUAGGAAAAAAGAAAGAAUAAGAGUUUCUGUUCACCCACCGCUGAGCUCGAAUCGACACAGGUUUGUGUUCAGAAAGUGCAGGACAAGAAACGAGGAAUGACCCUGAGAAUGGGUGGAGAUCCUUGCCCUUCUGGCCAUUAGAGCAUUUCUGACUAAACCCUUUAGUGUACUCUGUGUAACAUGUAACUGUCUUUUUCAUUUGUAUGUAAUAUUUAAAAUAAAAUAUUAAUAGAUUGGCUUGAGAUCAUGUCAAUUUAAGGAGGUCUUCUGACUCAUCUGGAUAGUGGCCAAAAUGUCCUUACGUUUUCUGUCACUACUUUCCUUGUUAAAGGGAUAGUUCACUUGCUUUCGUUUAUGUUUUUGAUUGGCUCAGUUUUGUGCCAAAUGAAGGAUAAUUGAGAUAUGUACAGAAGUUAACCUGCCAGCUUUACAAUGGCUGGUAUUUGGAGUAUUCACAACUUUUUAAACCAACAAAAAUACACUUCAAGUAAAUCCAAAGCAACAGUGUUUUGCCUCCUGAGGUUGUGGUUGCAACAUUAAAAAACAGUAAUGAUUUGAAACAGCAAUAUCAGUAAUAGAGGUAAACUCUAGAAUGAGUCCCCAUGCUCUUCCACAUGUUGUAUAAAGUCCAUAGAGCAUACGAGAUCGAAAGAAGCAACAGCCUUGGAAUCAGCAGGAUUCUCUAAAUGCACGUUAAAAUCUCCCAUGGCAAUUGCAUUAAGUGCAUUUUUUGCUUUCAACCACAGAACGACAACUACCCCUAUACCAACCAUUGUAAAGAUGGCAGGUUAUUAGAAAUUAUAAAUAUUUAAAUGUCCUUCAGUGUACAUGAAAACUGCCUGGGCCAUUCAAAAACAUACUAAAACUGAAAUCAUAAGAAGUUCCAGAAAUUGAGCUAUUGCUUUCAAGCUUGCUAAUUUUUAAAAUAAUCUUGUGCCAGUCCCAUGAAUUUACCCAUUCUUGCAGCGCUCUCUCUCUCUCUCUCUCCCUCUCUCUCUAGCUGUUUAAAUUAUUGGGACAUGAUUAUUAAAUGUAUAUUGUACUCUUAUCUCUACUUUUUAUCCUUCAGAACUUGAAUUUGGUCAAAGGACAAAGGCAUUGAGGUGUAUGAUGGUAUUUCUAUUCUACAGGUUCUUCCCACGGUUAGAGUGCUAUUGUGUAUUGAUUAAGUAACUGACGAAUCAGAGUUAGUCAAUGUCCAGCUGCAUAAAUGGGUAAAAUGUGUAAAAUUCAUGUUGCUGAAGGUGCUCAGCAUAACGGCCUGUGCUG